UGGAAACAGAAUAAAAGUGUCAGCCAUCAUUAACAGCUAGUAGGAGCAUAAAAGAUUCAAUUAACAUUAUGGGAUGGGCUAUUCAAAAUUAUGUUGCUGUGCUACUUUGGAUCUACUUGCUAAUUUCCAAGUUAUGGGCACAAAAUUUAUGUCCCCCCCAUGAAAAUUCUGAUGUGGAAUACUUCUCAGAAGAAACAGAAGACAAAUUAUGUAUAAAUUAUAUAAUACAAAAUAUCCAUAAUGAGCACAUGAAAAUCUUGUGGGAUCCUACAGAAAAGCUUACUGACGGGAACUUUACAAUGUUUUAUAGAUUUGACAAACAGAAUUGGAAGCAGUGUGUCCAGUAUGUCCGUGAUCAUGCAUACAUAAUUGGUUGUAUUUUUAAAAUUGAAGGACGUGAAUUUGAUAUUUCUAUCAGAGAUACAAAUGGGACAAAGGAAUUUUACCAGGAUUUUAAACUGGAGAGCAUAAAAUUCUUGAAGCCCAAAUCUCCUCAAAACAUAACCUUCCUCUGGAAACAUAACAAAGUGAUCAUAGAACAUAAGCCACCGUUCCUGCUACAUUGUUUUAAAUUGGAAUAUCAGUACAAAAGUGAAUUUGAUGAAGAUUGGUUUAGGAAAAAUGAAAGCUACAAGUUUGAAAUACAAGGUUUGGAUCCAGAGAAGUGCUAUUCCUUCCAGUUUAGGGCAAGAUUCUGCUGCAGUAGUUCUUCUUAUCCAAGUGAAUGGGGACCAAAAAUACAUUGGAAAAACGGCAGUUCUAUAGAUUCGUGUGAAGCUGAUGACUUCAAUCCAGAUUUACAUAUUGUCCUCCAGUCAAGUUUGGUGAUGGCUGGCCUCCUAGUCAUGACAGCCAUUCUGCUUUAUAUCUGCAGGCUGAAGAAAAUUAGAAAAACUUUAAUGCCGGCUAUACCAGACCCUAAAAAUAUAUAUUCUGAUUUAUUCAGGGAUCACAAUGGAAACUUCCAGGAGUGGAUUGAUAAAACUGAAAAUGUGCUGCCUGAAACACAGUUAGAAUGUAUAGAAAAAGAAUGUAUAAUUGAAGAGGAAAAAGAGGAAGAUCUUCAACAAGUUAAAAUGGAAGCCAAAGCAUUCUGGUGUUAAGAAUCAAGAAGUACAAUUUAUAUCACGGUGCUUAAUACAUGAUAGAAUGCAUCUCACAAUCCCUGCCUGAAACAACAACAAACUACUCAACUGCAAUCAUUUCAGUUUUGUUCCUAAAUGUUCUUCUCUGUAGACUGUUUACCAUUCCUUUUUGUGAAUUUUAUGCGUGGAAGUUUCAGCAAGUUAAUUUACAUUUGCCAAAUAGCCAUAAGGAUUACAACUGUAAUAAGCAUAACACUUAUUAUUGCAGCUUUUCUAAAUUAUAGUUUUCUAGUCAUUUUAUAUUUUCACCUGAACUGUUGCUAGAUAUUCAUAUGCUACAUUUAAUUUUAUAAGUAAGAUUCACCAACCAGGUCCGUUUAGGGGAUUUCCUACUUUCUCCAGGUAUGCAGUUCCCUAGAAGUGCAAUUAUUUGUAAAAUUGAAAAGAAUGCUCAUUAAGACUCAUCUAGAUGAUUAUACAAUUUGCUUUGGAAGUUUUGCAAAUAUUUUUUGGCUCUGGAAAUGAAAAUAUUAUUUAGCUAGGUGACUUUAAACUAGUACAAUUUGAUGGUGUAUAUUUUUAAUGAUUUGUUCUUUUUAUCAGUUCAGAACACUGAAAAGCAUUCUAACAGAAAGAUACAUUUUUUUCUUAAAGAAUGUAUGAUAUUCUAAUCAACUAUAUCUGUGUAAUUAUAACUUUCUGCUGUAAUUUUGAACUCGACUUCUCUGUCAAUUCAUGUGUACCUCAACUGCUUGGUUCUUAAUAUUAUUGAUAUUCAAAAGAGAUUAAAGUGAA